UUUCAGAGUGGGCCAUUGCUCGGUGGCGUUAAGUGUGUUAGCGCUCAAGGGAGGAACUGUGGGGAGCAGAAAAGUAUUAAGGACGAAGGCGGGAUGGAGAUGGUGAAAGGGGAGGUGGUGGUUCUUCUAAAAUAGAUAUAUGUAGAGAGGCAAGAUUGUGCAAAUGAGUUGAAAAUAAAAAUCCCCAAAGGCUGUGAAAUAAUUCCAUAUAACUCGUCGUCCCACAACCGCACUCCCUGAAGAAAUCCUGUCGCCCUUAUGUGAUUUCUACAAGCAAGCAGGGAAGCUCGCCCUUAUGUGAUUUCUACAAGCAAGCAGGGAAGCAGCAGCUUUGAAUGAAGCGGCAACCUUGCAGUUUGCAUUUCGACCGAUAAAACGACGUCCUAAUCGAACUCCCGCUCGACUUUAGUGACAGUAUUUGUCCUGGCUCUCUCUGCUACCUUGUUUCUGGGUCUCUUUCGAUCCCAAGAGGCAGAGUCAACAACCUCCUUUCGACAUGACUUAAGGAGAAAGGAGAUAUGCGCGUAAAAAUCUCCCUCGAGUCGAAAAGUGCUCAGUCAAAUUAGUGGAAGGAAGAAGCGAAGGUUAUUUAAAUUUGGAAAGAAAUUUCUUGUGAAACGAAGAUUACAGAUCAAAUUGUGUAUAAUUAAAAGAAUCAGUAUUUAAAGAGAGAGAAAGGAAAAAAACAGGACGAGAAAAUCUGUCGGAAUUCUGUUCAGUGAAACUGAAGCGUCAACGUAUUUCUCGGUUUGAGUAAAGUGCGUAAAUAAUAAGAGAAAUCUGGAAAGUAAGAAGAAGCUUAACUGGAGCAAAGAUAACUGGGCAAAGGCCGAGACCCCAUUCUGAGGUGUGAUCAGGUUUCCAGGAGUUAAGGCGGAGCCCUUAAUUCGAGUCGGAGACCUGUGUCCGUCCACCAGCGUCCUGCUCAAGAGGGAACGUUUCUCACCGGUAGGAGUCCUAUUGCAAGUGCUGAGAGUUUCCUGCGGGAGAGGAGAGCGAUGGCGAAGCUCUUGAAUAUCCUGAUGCAGAGGUCAGACGACUCCAUUCCUUGGGGCUUCAGGCUUCAAGGAGGCGCUGACUACAAGAAGCCGCUGACAGUCCAGAAGGUCUCCCCUGGCACGUUGGCGGCCCAGCAUCUCACCCAAGGGGACACACUGAUUAUGAUAGAGGGGAAGGACGCCAGAACCCUGUGUCACUUCGACGCCUGCGACCUCAUCAAAGCGGCUGGAAAUCGGGUCGAAAUCACCGUCAGAAAAGUCGAUUCCCAACACCUGGUAGAUGAGAACCGAUGCCAUCAGGAGAAACUUGAACAGUUGAUGGUCAAUGAGAAACAAGCAGAGGUCGCUGAAAGAAACCGCAUAAAGGCUCUGCAGCAAAAGGUUCUUUCGCCACCCUUGGGAGUCCCUAGUUCAGCUCCUCCCCAGCUAAGAACCGAAUCACCUCUCCAGCGUACUCAGCGUUUUUCUGUAUCGCCACACAGACAUUUUUCGCCUCAGCAAACAUCCAGUGUCACAAAUCGCUUCUCGUCCUCCCCAAGCUUUCCACAAUCCCCAACAAAGCGCUAUUCAUCUCCACAGAUGACGUCUCCUUCUACGCAGUAUGGUUCACCACCUCCAUUUGGAUCUCCCCGUCAGUCCUUCUUUUCGCCACCUCAGUUUUUCUCUCCGGCAUCCAGUGAAACACCAUCGGCAUAUUCGACACCUAUGCAAACCUUUUCGCCACCACAAGUUUUUUCUCCCCCACAGUUUAAUCAGAUCACGGCACAGCCUCCCCCUUUACCUCUGUCAAGUCAGCAACAGCAAUCUUCAUCUGUUAAUUCUCAGCAGCUGUCAGCAAAACUACAGAUACUUCAGGCUCAGGAGAGCCAAAGUAUGAAGGCAUUGAGUGGAUCACAACUUCAAGCAUUCCAUCUGCAGCAAGCAGCUGCUAGAGCAUCACAAGUACCUCAUAGUAAUGUGCAACCUGCACUUCCAACCACACAGGUACCCCCUAAUCAGAAGCCAGUCGUUCAAAAGACUCAGCCUAAGGAACCACCUAUGGAAAUACAAGAUCCUCAAUUACUAACAGAAGAACAAAAAAGGAAGCAACUUCAGCAGCUAAUUCUUGAAAAGCGUCGUUUAGAAGAAUUAAUGAUGGUCGCUAAGAAACGAGAGGCGACGCCUAACCCACAAUCCCCUACUAUCCCCAAAGAUCCACCGGAGUUUAUUCCUACUGAAGGGGCAUCAGUCCUAGUCAAGGCUGACCAGUUACAACGCUUUCAUAAAGAGCGCUCUCCUUCUGUGAAAAAGGAGAGGUCUCCUGCUCUAAGCCUGAAAGAAGAGGGUACAUUAAAAAGGAAAGAAGAGGAACAGAGGGUAAGAGAAGAAAACAGGCGUCGAGAUGAAGAAAUUAGAAAGAUGCAAGAGAGGAAGUUAGAAGAGAAGAGAAAGAAAGGCACUCAGAAAAAAGUGGGUAACUUUUCAACAGAUAAUAUUACGGAAAAAACUGGCUUUGACCCACGCCGCCGCCUAAAAUCAGAAGAAAGGAGAAUCGAAGGCUUGAUCUACAAAAAAGAAGAGUCGGCAUUAUCAGCCUCUGAGAGCAACGUCACCCAUGGAAAUUUCAUGGCCGAAUCAAAGCAGAUUGUUGAACAGCGGAAGAGAGAUCACGGUCUCAUUGAAGCCGAGAAGCGUAAACAAGAAGCCAGAAAGAAGAUUGAGGAACAGAAAAGAAGAGACGAGGAGAGACAGAUGAGACUGACUGAAGAGCAGAGAAGGCAACACGAGUUCCUUGCCAUGCAAGAAAAGAGGAAGGUCGAAGAGAGACGGAAAAUGGAAGAAAAGAAAAGGCUUCAAGAACAGUUCAAAAGAGAUCAGCAGAGGAUCCAGGAGGAAAUGAGAAAAAAAGAGGAGCAGAGGAAGAGAGAAGAAGAAAAGAAGAAGGAGUUGGCAGAAAGGAAGCAAAGGGAAGAGCAGCAAAGGAUGGAGGAGCAGAAGAGAUUAGCAGAACAGAAACGCCAAGAGGAGCAGCAAAGAAAACUCGAGGAAGCGAGGCGUCUAGAGGAGCAGAGGAUGAUGGAAGAAAAGAAGCGUGUAGAGGAACAAAAGAGGCUUGAAGAACAAAGAAGACUCGAAGAACAGAGGAGAUUAGAACAGCAGCGGAGACUGGAAGAACAGCGUAAAAUAGAAGAGCAAAAAAGGUGGGAAGAACAGAGGAAAUUAGCGGAGCAAAAGAGAUUGGAGGAACAACGCCGAAUAGAAGAGCAGAAGAGAUUAGAGGAACAAAAAAGGCUGGAAGAACAAAAGAGACUUGAGGAACAACGAAGGAUAGAAGAGCAAAGAAAGUUGGAGGAGCAAAGGAGAAUUGCAGAACAAAAGAGAAUCGAAGAACAGAGACGGCUAGAAGAGCAGAGAAAGUUGGAGGAACAAAAGAGAAUUGCAGAACAAAAGAGACUCGAAGAACAAAGACGGCUAGAGGAGCAAAGGCGAAUAGAAGAGGAGAAGCGCAAGGCCGAACAAAAACGAAUUGAAGAAGAAAGAAAAAGAGCUGAACAGAGAAGGAAAGAAGAAGAACAGAAAAAGAUAGAAGAACAAAGGCGUAUUGAAGCGCAAAGACGUCUGGAAGAAGAACAGAAAAAGCUGGAAGAGAAAAGGAGGCUGGAACUACAGAAGCAAUUAGAGGAGCAGCGGAAGUUAGAAGAACAACAGAGACUUGAAGAACAGCAGCGUCUAGAAGAACACAUGCGUCUGAUGGAGAUCAAGAAACAAGAAGAGGAAGUUGAAGAGCAACGUCGUCUUGACGAAAUGAAACGCCUGGAAGCUGAUCGAAUGAAAGAGGAAGCACAGAUCUACGAGAGCUACAGGCGCCAUUUAGAGGAGAAGAAGCGUGCCCAGCUGUACGAUUCAGAUGAUUAUGCUUCAGAAUGGGAAACCCCAGAUGAUUAUGACGAAUCACCUCACCAAGAGGAGAAAUUUGCUGAACUAAAUGCCCAGAGUGAAGAAGAACUAUAUGAUGCCCAAGAGAAAUCUAUCCGUAAUCUCGAACGGCAGAUACAAAAACAGAGUGAGCGGGAAAGGCGCCGCAGAUCAGCGGAAAGGGCAGCUAUGGAUUCAGAUGCCCCAGGGUUGAAUCAGAGACAUCCAGGUGGUAAUUACCACUCUGUCAGUACUGGUGACCUGAGGGCCUCUAAGACGCUGCCAAUUACAAAGUUCAGCCCAGACCCUAUGGAAUUCGGCUUCAGGCCCAUUGAGAACCCCUAUGGAAAGCUAUCCAAAUCAACAGGCAACCUUAAUAGUGGAGCAUCUGCAGUUGCAGUAGCUGCUGUGGCAGGAGCAGAAGCAGGCGCUGGGGCAGGCAUCGAGGCCACCAUGGAAAUGGGUGGGCCAUGGGCACCGCAGCCUCUGUCUUCCAGUCUAGGAGAUUUACAGCAGCAGGUGUCAUCGAAGCCCCCACUCCCUGCGACAAAGGCGAAGGUGAAAUUGCGCCACGCCACCAGUGAGGAGAUUCUUGUCCGACCCCAGGCUGGCAGGUUCUCCUCUUACGAUGACUUUGGCGGAUACGCCUCCGAUGGAGACUUGCCACUGGACGAAAACAGAAGGCACACGUACCCAAGCGGUGAAGGAGACUUGGCAUAUGACGACGACUAUCUGCAGGAGCAGGAGUCUGCCGAUGGCAUUGAUUACUCGCGGCUACUGAGCGAAUAUUACGCUGCCUAUUACGAGGCCUACUACCAGAGCUACUACAGGCGGCAGCAAAGCGAGUUAAAGGGAGGGAAUAUGAAUGCUGGCGGACCACCACCACCCCCACCACCUCCACCAAUCCCAGGCGUCAUCCCCACCUCAAGACUUCCUUCAGAGAUCCCCGCUCGCCCAGCCAUGAACACCCCACCUGCCGCCUUGGCCAGUGCCAUGAUGAAGGACAGGAAGCCCUUCACAUACACCCCAGGAGGACUCGAUUUGUCCGAAAUUAGGUCACCUAGAAUGCAGCGGCGCCUCUACAGAAAUGCUCAAUCCGAAGGUGUGAAGCCGUCUCCCUUGGCGCAGCAGCCUCAGCAAGGACAGCCGAAUGCAACUGUAUCAGCUCAGUGUGCACCACAGGGCCUACCAAUUCAGGUCUUGCCAAUGCCUGGGGUGGGCAUGGGCCCUCAACAUCACUCUCAGCCCAAGGAAGUUCCUAAACCCAAGAAGAAUGUGUGUGGUCCAGCUCCACCACCACCACCUUUUGUUGUAACAGCAGAGAACUCCUUCACCAUGCCAGUCUCCUCACCUAUAAGCUCUGUACCAUCAACCAUUUCAUCUCCACCUAUAUCCUCCUCACCCACAUCACCAGCUGCACCGCAACCUAUGUUGGCUAAAGAGCCCGGUCCAUCAAUACCGAUGGCACCCCCACUCCCAACGCAGAAUUUUGCCGCUAGGAGAGGAUCACUCAUCAGUGCCUCCCCCCCAACAUCUCCUUUGGUGAGUACUAUACCUUGUGAACCUUCCCCACCACCCCUACCACCACCACAAGCAGUCAGAGUUCCUGUAACACCACCUAUUAUUCAAGAAUCUUCAGCUUCAGGUCAGCCAUCACUGCCAAAGGAACUAGAAAUUCUGAGUCCUCCAGAAACAAUUCUUUCACCAAAGGUUGCUGAAAUACCAGAAAUGGCUCCUGUAUCUGUGGUGGAAAAUAAUUUUGUUUUAUCAAGACCAACAGAAUCUCCACAAUUUCCGAAGUCCACGAGCACACCUAUAGAAGAUUUAAUUCUAGGAUAUUCAGAUCCUAAUAAUGUCAGCCCACCAGGUCCUGUUCUCAAUUCUGUGCAUAAGUUGUCUCCAACUCAUCAUGAACUUCCACGAGGCAUAAUUCCUACACAAGAGGAGGUUCUUCAUCAGAAAGAACUUCCUAUUACUGAAGAUUCUUUUGACGAGUCAUCUCCUCAGAAAGAGAUUUUAUCGUUAUCUGAUUCCCAAUCAUCAUUUACAGAAUCUUCACCAAUCUUAGAUGAAGUAUGUGAACCCAUACCAGUAAUACAAUCUUCCAGCUUAACAGAAUCCUCUUCUGUAAAUCAGGAACCAUCUCCAGUACAUUUUGAAAAAGAGCCUACUCCUAUUACUCCAUUAGCAACAAAAUCAUCCCCUGCAAAAGAACCUGCAUUACUGAAACGGGUACAAAAUAAAGAGCCAACACCGUUUAGUAGAGAAACUACCCCAACUAAACAGCCACCUAGUAAAGAACCUACACCAGUUAAGGAACUUACUCCAGUCAAGCAGCCUCCUAUGAAACAACCUACCCCAGUUUACCAGGCUUUUAAUAAAGAACCUACUCCACUUCAGCAGGCUCCUGUUAAAGAACCUACUCCACUUCAGCAGGUUCCUGUCAAAGAACCAACUCCACUUCACCAAGUUCCUGUUCAAGGACCUACUCCACUUCAGCAGGUUCCUGUCAAAGAACCAACUCCACUUCACCAAGUUCCUGUUCAAGGACCUACUCCACUUCAGCAGGUUCCUGUCAAAGAACCUACUCCACUUCAGCAGGUUCCUGUCAAAGAACCUACUCCACUUCAGCAGGUUCCUGUCAAAGAACCUACUCCACUUCAGCAGGUUCCUGCUAAAGAACCUACGCCACUUCAUCAGUUUCCUGUCAAAGAACCAUCUCCACUUCACCAAGUUCCUGUUCAAGGACCUACUCCACUUCAACAGGUUCCUGUUAAAGAACCUACUCCAAUUCAGCAGGGUCUUGUUAAAAAAUCUACUCCAGUUAGGCAGGUUCCCACUGAAGAAUACUCUUCAGUUAAGCAGGUUCCUAUUAAAGAACCAGCUCUUACCAUGAAACCAGAGUUGAAUGACCUUUCAGCAAGUAAACAAGUUCAUACAAGACAGCCUGGUGUUCCUGAACCUAUAGAUAAUGACAUACCUGUAAUUUUCUCUCCUAUACCUGUGAGGGAAAUGCCUAUGAAAGAGCCCACUCCAGUCAGGCAGAUUUUCCGGGAACCAACACCUGUUAAACAAGCCAUACUAGAGAAACCUGUAGUUGUGGACAUUUCUCCAGCGGUUCCUUCCUCCAUGAAGCUAAAUGCUCCUUCAAGACCAACACCAUCUCAGCCAGUGAGUGGAUUAGGAAACUCUGUUUUGAGGCAAGUUUCUGGUCAAGGUGCUGGUUUAAAACGACAAUCAUCUUUGCCUGAGCCUCCAUUCAUACCAAAUAUACCCAUAGAACCUCCCCCCAUUAUUACACAAGCACCAGUUAUCCAACAAAUGGCAUUUAAUCAGCCAUCUGCACCAACAACAAAUCUUUCAAAGCAAAAUUCAUUGUCACAGCCUUUGCCCAUUAAACCAGUUCCAAUUAGAACAAAUAAUGAAUUGGACAUUAAUAAAACACCUGUUCAAGUACAGUCACCUCCGCCAGCGUUAUCAUCAAUGACACCAAUCUCUACUUCUGCUGGUGUAAAAGGAACACGCUUAGUUCGCCAAGCUUCUCUUCCCACCAAGACAUCUUCUCCACAUGUUUCUUCUCCAAAUGUGCCACUUCAUGUAGAUGAGGGGAUACCCAGCUCAGGCCCCAUAUCACCUUCAGCUGAACGAAGCUCUCAUCGAAGUCCAACCACUGGAUUACACAAAGCUCCACUACCCUGGAUGUGUGGACACUUACGAGAACCCUCUCCACCGCCACUAUUUGUUCAGCAUGCUCAGCAGACAUUUCAUAAGUUCCAACCUCAUAACCGCUUUAUGAGGCAGUCAUCACUUGGACCUGAGGGUUCAACAGACACUUUUGCUAAUGCUGGAACCAUGACACAGCCAAAUGUUCGACAACAACCAGUUUUUCAGAGACAGCAGUCCUUGCCACCUCCUCAAAGACCUCAACAACAACAAUCACAAGCACAGUCUGUUAGAGUACAGCAGCAAUACAAGCCACAGCAGCCGCAGAUACAAAGCCAACUCAAGCAAGUACAGACACAGCAACCUCAAGUUCAGCCACAGUCCCAGGCACAGAUUCAGCCAAGGCCAGUUCAAACACAACCUAAAUUCCAGCCACAGUCCCAGGUGCGACAACCCCACCUUUUUGAGCCUCAUACUCAGCAACCCCUUACCAAUCACCUACAGUCUCAGCCCAAAUCUCACCCUAUUCGAAUACAGCAUCAAGGGAAUUUGAAUCAGCAACCUCGUGUAAUUCCAGUUCAGUUCCAGCAAUCACAGCAACCCAAACAGAAGCCAAGGGAACGAAUAAUUCCUAUCAUGAUUGAAAGUGAUUCACCUCCUAGAGAAACUCCGCCUGCCCCAAGUCACACAGCUGCUACUUCAACCAUAUCAAAUGCAAGUACAUCAGUAAAUGAACGCUUUAUUCCAAUUCGUAUAGAAGGGACUACUGGUACAAACAAUGCUCAGCAGACUUUUCAUCAACCUUUGUCUCACCUAAACCAGCAACAGCCGGUUCAUGUUCAUCAUCCUCAGCCCAGCUGGAAUAGCUCUCCAGGGACAGGUUUCAAACAUCCCAUCAAUACUUUGAGUGGGAGUGGACAAAGUGGUGCCUUCCUUCCUUAUAACUCCCUCUCUUCCUCCUCUUCUGAAAAUAGUUCAAACAGCAACAACAACAACAACAACAACAGCAACCCUCUUGAUGCUCUUCACCAGAUGCAACAAAGUCUGGCUCAGCUCAACUCAGGCCUAGAAAAUGCCUUCCCAAGAUUCAUACAGAAAAAAAUGUCGGACACGAUAACACCCCGGACUACCCCUAGUAACCAGAAUGGUGACCAAGCAGAUAUUGGCCCCCCUGUCCAAUCCCGGUCUUUCAGAGUGCUGCAGAAUGUUUUGGACCACCAAGACAAUGCUGAUAUCCCUACUUCAGGUUCACCAAUGAAAGUAGAAGUUCCUCUUAUUGCACCAAGACCUUACUCCUCUCAGCAGAGUGGAGUGAGAGCCUUUGGAUCAAGUGGUGGACAGAAAAGAGGAUCAUUAUCAUUAUCCCAAAGCAAUGGUCAAAGAGAGACUGUUUCAAAGACUUUAAAUGAGAAGAGAGGUUCAUUUUCUGGGCAGGGUACAGUGGGAUCCCAAGGGCCAGUACCCCGUACCAAAAAUGAAAGAAAUGGGACAUUGCAACAGCCCGUGGGUGCCAAAAGAGGCUCGGUUCCUAACAUAAGUAAAAAUCAAGUGCCCCCUUCAAGAACCAAUGGGUACCGAGGCUCUGUUGGAAAUAUCAGAAAUACCACCAACCGAGAAAAUAAUUUCAUAAACUCUGCUCCUGAUACAGGUGGAUUAAAAAUUAUCCAACACAGUGUUGGAGGAGUUUCUAAAAUCAUUCUAGGCCAGAAUGGAGAAUCAGAGCCAGCAAGUCCGGAUGCAAAAGAAUUGCCAAAUAUUUUCAGAAAUCAAGUACGAAUAUCAGCUAAUACUGAUGAAGCCCGGGCAAGAGGUGGACACUUUCCUAAAGAGAAUUUUAAUUCAGGUCGAAAGAUGGGUUCUGAUGAUGAAAUCUCCAAUUAUAUGCAACCGAUUAUCCCCCAAGCACAGACUUCUGUGUAUGAAGUUGGGGAUUGUUCUCAGCAGCAUAUUUAUAACCCAACUCAAUACCAACCACAACAAAUUUCAGAACAAGGCCUGUCGACGAAUCAAGCUCUCUCUGAAAACAAACCUCUGAUGAUUAGCAUUGAAAACGUUAAAAUGCCCCAAGCCAAAGAAGUUCCCACUGCAUCGAGAUUUUUCCGUAGGCUUCAGACGAUAACAGACACUUUACCUGAAGGAGUUGAACCUCAAGGACCUAUCCAUAUACCAAACAUGAAGCAUGCUCAGCAGCCUAGCCAAUACCAGACUCAGCCCAACCAGUUUCAACAGCAGCAUGUAUAUCAACAACAGUCCGGUGUAAAUAAUAAUGCAGGCAAUACUGAGCAGGCAGUUCCAGAGCCGAAGAAGUACAUGGGUGGCAAUAUUCCAUCACGGUCAUUCCGUAUGCUCCAAGCCAUGACUGGGUCUGAUGAUGCCACAGACGCCGGAGAACCUGCCAAUACUUCUGAAUCUUCCAGCCAUCCUGAUGAUGACACACAGCAUACAGCCAAUCAGAUCCCCUCACCACACUGCAAAUCCUCAAUUCCCGACUCACCUUCUUCCCUCACUUCUCCUACACACGACAUGUCUUCUGACAGUGGAAUAUCAUCCCCUUCAAAAAUUGGCUCUUACACAAGUGGUAAAGAUAGUAAGGUUUAUCGGCAUGUAUCUCCCAAAGUCACUCUCACUGGCUCUAAAGAGCGGGUCGUGAAUUCGGCCCUAAGCAAUGCAAGGGAACCAUCAUCACCUACUUGGAAAACAGUGAAUCCCCAUCCUAUUCCAAGCACUGUACCAGUUAACAGGCCUUCACCCGAUUCUCCUUGUCAGGAUAGUCCAAGACUCAUGAAACUCAUACAGGAAGAAUCAGUCAGUCCUAACCCUCAAAAUCAGUGUGUAGAAAAAAGGUAUGAGGGGGGACACAUUCCUUCUCGUGUCUUUAGACAUCUACAAGCUGAAUACUCUUCUGGUGACUCGAAUGAACUUCAUGAGCCAAAGUUGCAUUAUGAUUCAAAGAGUCCUUCACCUUGUCAUAACAGUAGUCCUAUUCCACCAAGAGUACUGAAAUCCUUGCAGAAUGAAGCCAAUAAAAGUUUUGAUUCAGAUAUAACUGAUGGGGAAAAUCCUUCAAGAGCUUCAAGCUCUUUAGCUGAACUAGAUGAAUAUUACCACAAUGGAAUGGCCCAUACAGCAGUGACUAAGGAUACAGUUUUGAAAGAACUUACUGCUCAAUUUGACCAGACUGGAGUAAGAAAGAAGCCUAAGGCUGCCCCUGGUAGAGUUUUCCGCUACUUACAGUCACAGUACGAUACUCUGGAAGAUGAUUUAGAACAACAGUGUUCUCAAACAGAUAAAGAUACUUUAAAACCAGAGCCAGAAGAUAACUCGGGAUUUGGUUAUAGAGGAGCAAAAGUUCCCUCCCCUUCAUUCAAAUUUUUGCAAAGUCAGUACAGCCAAGAACAAGAACAGGUACAACCUAGUGAAUCUGAACCUUCAUAUCCUGAUACCACAGAGUUAAAGGAAGAACCUCUGCCAUACAAAGGAUGUCGUGUCCCUGGUCGUACUUUUAGGUCUCUUCAAGACAAUGUUACAACACACCCUUCAGUUUUAAAGCCAAGGAAAUAAAGUGCUCAUCACUUAGAAUCUCCCUCUAUCUUGUACUAUGAUAUAAUUAUUUAUUUUACCCUGACAUUUACUUUUUACAAAUCAAGCUGUAUUUUAAUACCAGUAUUGAUACAUAUUAUGCAUUUUCAAGUAUUUUACAAGUUUUGUACAUAUUGCUCUAUGUAGUGCUAGAUAUUUUAAAUGUUUAAGAUUAUUAUAAGGCUGAAUUUUUAAAAACAUUUUAAAACUAUUUUUCUAUAACCAUUAAUGGGAAAUUAUAAUAUUUUUCAAAUGAAUCUACACUGUCAUUGGUCUAUUUUAUGCUUCUUAUUUAGGCAAAAUUCACACUGUUAAGAGCAGUGUGGUAAGUUUGUCAGCAUUGUGAAUUAUCACAACAUAGAUAAAGUCUAUUUUCCAACUUUAAGUAUUUCUUAGACUAAUUGCGGAUAACACAUGAAGCCAGAUAAUAACUAGCAGAUGUGUUGAAUGUCAAGAAACCUUUGCUCUUUGAGGAAAGAGUAACUUGGAAGUUAUCCAUACCCAGAUGACCUCCCAUUCAUAAGACAGAAGUUGUGGAAAUUUGAUAUUUUUCACAACAGAUUGAUUGUGAAACUUUUUAACCCCGAACCAACGACAACAUUGUUAUUGUUAAUCACCAAGUAGGGGUAGAUAUUGUAUGUGUUAUAAUGAGAAUGUUCACUUGGGGUAUUUACAGAUUUUCUUUUCGUGUCUUAUCACAUACAUUAACUUCACGCAUUGUCCAACAAUUUUCAUAAGCAAGUAGUAUUGUUAGAAAAAGAACCUGUAGGGUCCAAGUAACUAUUGAGUAACCUCCCCAACAAAAUAACUAAAAGGAAGUUAGCCUAUCAAGACCCUUGGAGUUGUGACUGCAUGGUCACCAAACCAUUUUCUGCAUCAGGAAAAUUGGUUGUGGUAAAGGCUUUUUAAUAGGUAAUUGCGUAUAGCAUAGAACCAGAUACUACAGGUUGUAAAGUCUUGAGUAUCCGAGAGAUCUCCACAUUAUCCAAACUUGAACACCAAAUGCAGUAAAAUAUGUAUGAUAUACAAAUAAUUGUCUUCAAUCCUUGCUUUCAUCAAAAAACAUUUAAUCAAGACCUCUUCAUUUUUUAAAAAAGGAAAUGCAAAACAAAGAAUAAGCAAUGCAAAAAUGUACAAAUUUAUGCACAUAAAAUUGAAAGGAAAUGCCACUACAGUAUGUGUGCACAUGAAAAGGAAAGGGAAAAAAUAUGUAACAGUAUAUACAUGUAUUGCUGGCUGCAUAAACACUAGUUAUUUACUUAUCAAAAACUUAUAAUCAGUAAUAGAAUGUGAGAGAUUAGGCAUAUAGGUAUCUAAAACUCAGUCCAUUGGGAGUAAAUGCAAUGAAACAUGCCCAGAUUCAUUGCAUACAUGGAAGACAGAGAACUAUGUAUAUUUGUUUCAACAACAAACCAUGUUGGCCACAUGCAAAGGGUUUGUCACCACUACUCUCUCCCCUUGCUGGAGAGAGAGGUAUAUGCUACAGAGAAGCAGAUUUGUAUGUUGUAUAGAAUAUAAAAAAUAAACUGCUAUAACAGUAAGGUUGCCGUACUCACCUGCAUCAAGCCAUUUCAUUGUAUGAUGAGUCUAAUCUUCAACCCGCCCAUAGGAAUGAAGAAUGGAAGAAAGAGAGCAUUCAUCUCACUUAUUCUUCCUUCAAAACAAUCAUCUUAGGCAUCAUAUGAACUUUCCUGGAGAGACUUCUCCUAUCCCAAACUAAAGAAUUCACAUGCUGCAAAAUCGACUUAGUAUGCUCAGAACGUGGCAGCUCAAACAAAUUUUUCACAUCCUUCCUUAGUCUAACCAAGGCCUCUAUGCCUGUAGGGGCCACAGAAGACGGAGUCUCAGUCCGCUUAGAAAGACUAUUGUACUCACGAAUGAGAUCAAUAACCUCUGUGUAGAAAGAAAGAAAACCCCCGACUCUACCAUUCCUCUGCAUCCUGCAUCGAAGUUUGAAGUCCUGAAAUAGAAAGAUCCCUAAACGAUGAGCGUCUUUUCUUCCCCUUGAAGAAUCACAUCAGCCAGUGAAGGAACAGUAUGUAACACCAACUGGGAGAAGGAGAAACACAGUAUGGGCAGUCCCCGGUUAUUGGCGGGGUUCCGUUCCCGGUGUGUGCCGAUAAAGGAAAACUGCCAUCAACCAAAACCUGGUGAUUUAUGGUACCAUAAUGGUGCUUAUGGUGUUGAUAACUGGUUAUCGACGCCAUAAGCAUCCUUAUGGCGCCAUACGCACCCUUAUGGCACCAUAAGCACCCUUAUGGCACACCAUAAGCACCCUUAUGGCACACCAUAAGCACCCUUAUGGUGCAGAUAACUAGAAUUCGUCCCAUUAUGGUGCCAUAAAUUGCCAAUUUUAUGGCACUAGACAAGACCCAUAAAACCGGAUCGCUGAUAACCAGGGACUGUCCGUACUUCUGCCUUAAUGAGUCACGACCACCGACUCUGGAAGGCGAACGACAAAUGUAGGACCUCCUAGGAGAACAAGACAAUAAAUGCCUUGGUUUCUUGGAAGUUGGAGAAAGAUGACCUCUCACAAUCACGAAUAGCUGUAGAAGCACGUCCGCCAACAACCUCACAGCCGUCACUAGUGGACGUGAGCAACAGGCGAAGAAAUUCUGGACCUAGUAGGCGAACAAGACUUCAUAAAAGGAGAAGAACAUCUUGAAGGUCUCGAAGCAACCAGACUUAUAAGCUGAGGGACCACCACUUUCAACCUCUUGAACUGAGCCUUGUCAUCCUUACGGCGAGCUCGAACAGGUUGAGGAGACGUAGAACAAACGAGAGUCUUCUGAGAACAAGAAGGGCGAAGAUCAUCUUACACAGUCACAUGAACACGUGGGGAUCACCUCCACGUAUGUGAAGGGGAGAUUUGAGUCUGUGUGGGGAAGGAGACAACACAGCUCUCAGGCUCCCAGAAGGUGAGGCGACAGAGUUCUCAAUCCUCCAACAUCUAACUAACUCCAGACCAAGGAGGGGGAGACAAAGCCAAAGGAGAUGAAGACCAACAUGACAAUGAGGACAAAGAGGAUGAAGAUGGAGAUCUAUACAGUUUCCUCUUAGUGGUACUACGGUACCUCUCUCGAAAAACAGAGUCCAGUUUGUCCAUCAUAGCCUGCAUGAAAACCUCUGUUGGAUUGGCAACUCUCGAAGAUGACGUCAUGAUGGAAGCUAAAUGUGACGUCACAGCAACAGGCAGGGAGUGUGACAUCACUGGUACUUACAUCAUGGGCAGAGAAGACACUGGGAGUGAUGAGUGUGUCUGACUCCUAGCCUGAGUCAAUGGCCUCGCUGAAGGCUAGAUAAAGGGAAACCCAGGAUGAGGCUUAGUUAACGAAGGUGUCCUGGUAGGCAGCAGCACACAUGACCCAAAGUAGUGGAGGCUGAGAGGAGGGGCCACCACUGGGGGAGCUGCUGCUGGAAGGCAUGCAGACGUGAAAUAGGACAACAGGCCUUCCAAGGAGGGGACCUGGGUAGGCCUAAGGAGGCCAACACAGACAAGAUCUUGUGUGAAUCAGACCCUGAAACAAAGGAACAAGAUGGUAUUGCCUCCUCCCUCCCCGAAGAGACCACAUCUCCCCUGAGAGAGAGGGGGCAGCAUUAAACAACAUAUCACCCUGAGUACUCCCAAUAAUUCCAAAGACGAAUCAGUGGAAAAAAAGGAAGGCAACAAGGCAUCAAUGGAUGAGGUAGCAGAAGGAAUAAGUCUGGAAGAAGGGGUAGCAAAAAGGUCCACUUGAGGAAGAGGGAAUCUUUUCCAAGAUGGAUGUGUUGACAUCUUACGAUGCUCCCUCUUCUUGUAUGCUCCCUCUUCUUGUAGAAGUUCUUCCACUGCACAACAGGCCAGGAACAGCACUCCAGGCAUGGAUUGGUUACAUUACAAAAAUUAGCAUGACACCUACUGCAAGUUGUUUGGGGUAAGUCAAAGUGGAAGCUAGGAAGCGUGAGCACGGGAACCUGCGGAGGCCAAGACCUGUGCUAACGCUCCACUGACUUCUUAGAUCUGAUGGAGGAAUCCAUAAGUAAUUAGAAAGCACGCACAGACACCCAUAAAAGCACAAGAAAGCAGGCUUAACACUUUCAUUAUUUCACUGAGCAAAAAAGAUCUAUUUAUCUGUGGAGUUCGGAAAUGAAAAAUAUUCUUGCGGAAAGCAGGGAUUUUUCAAUUAAUAAAAUCAUAAAUUUUUUAAAUAAGACGGGUUUCUCAAAUAAAGUCUAUUUUUUUUUUUUUUUUUUCUCAGGAUUGAUCCCUGAGAACCAGCCCGAGAAGAGUCUACUUGAGACUCAGAGGUCUGGAAAAACUAACACCUAUUAUUAAUUAAUUAAUUCACUGAGCAAAAUUUUGAUGAGAUCUAGCGUCUCAAUGAUAUUUAAAGAAAUAAGUACGUAAAUUAAAUCAUGAUGGUGCUUUACCUGAAUAAUCUAAAACCUUAUUUAAACCAGACUACCAGGUCAGGUAUCCAGUUAGGAAUAAUGAACAUUAAAAGCAAAGUUAUGAAAGUAACUCUUUGCCAAGGUUUUCCUUGCUGUUGAGAACCUUUACUUCAAUGUAGAAUACAGUUUAAUGGCUUCUUCUAUAAGUACAUAAUUGAUGUGGUAAAAUUAAUUACAUACCACAUUUGUCUGCAUAUUGGGCACCAGCAUUGUUCAUUGCAUUCAACUUCUAAUCUUAUAGCCAGAUCCUGAAGUACUUGGUAUAUGCUUUGCAAAUAUAAUACAGUAUAAAUCAUAACUUACCAAAUAACUGUUGUUUGAGAUCAUUUACAACUUAUUCUGGCAACAGCUCAGACAUUUUAUCUCGACUCUUUAGUUUCUAAACAUCUCAUGAGAACAAGAUUUCUGUCGAGAAAAAUUGCAAGGAACAUACUGAGCCAAAAACUAUGACUAUAUGACACUCCACUAGUAAUACAUAUUGGAUGCCAGCAAAAUAACCUAAGUCAACCUUACUUAUUUUUACCCUCUUCCACUUUUUGAGACCACACACUUCAGUCUAUAAUCCUUUCUCUGUCACCAUUUCUGGCUUGCUUGUGUUGAGGAUUUGCUCAUAAUUCCCCUUUUCCUGGACCUGGCCAGAGUGACCUGUGAGGUGCUGCUUGGUGUAAUCCCUAGAUGAUCCUCAACAGCCUUUAUUUUGUACAUACAUACUAUAUACAGUGUACUUGCAAGUGAUUCAAACAACUACAUUUACUAAUAUUAGAGCAAUUCAGUCAGUGUAUUAGAGCUUUCUUUGUUU